AUGAUGAGCAUGAUUGAGAAUAUUUCACAAUGGGUAAACGGUUGGAUCGACUUCAACAUGGUAUUGGAUGUGAAUGGAGGGCCGAGCUGGGCAAAUUCUUCCUACGAUGCUCCGAUCAUUGUUAAUGCAACGUCCCAGGAAUUUUAUAAACAGCCGCUUUAUUAUGCUAUCGCGCAUUUUAGCAAGUUCAUUCGGCCUGGCGCUAUAAAAAUCCGGCUCUCCGACAAUGACGAUCUGGUCGAGAUCGAGUCGACGGCCGCGAUCAACCAGUCCGGGCAACGGGUGAUGAUUUUGUUGAACAGCGGGCUAAGCUGGAUUGAGAAUGUGACGAUUGUGGACACGGAGCGGCCAGGCAAGUUCCUGAACCUCCAAAUCGGCCCCCGCGAAUUCCAAACCAUCAUCUGGGACGCGCCGCUGAAUCCCGAAGUAAUGGCUACAAAAACUGAC